UUUUUUUUUUGCCUAUUUUUUUUUUUUUUGUUAAAGAAUUCAUCGAUCAUGACUGAAGUAGCAACAUUAGAAAAACCCAUAGACAUAUCUACCGAGAAUACAACCGAUGAUUCAGUAGAUUUCACCAAGCUUAUCAAAGAUCUGAAGAAAAAGAUUGGCGACAUGAAAAACCAAUUAAAACCACUUAAGCAAAAGGUCAAAGAGAAUCAAAUACAAACAUCAAAAGGUGUAUCCUUCCUUGAAGUCAAAUACCAACUUAUGCUUCAAUAUGUUCUUCAACUUGCAUAUUUUGUUCAGCUUAAAAUCUCUGGGAAACAAAUAGAAAAUCAUCCUGUCAUUGAAUCUCUUGUAGAAUUACGUGUGAUUCUUGAUAAAAUGAAACCCAUUGAAACUAAAUUAAAAUACCAAAUUGAUAAAUUAGUACGAGCAGCCAUGGUGGAUAGAACAAAGCAACAACAAGAAACUAAAAAGGAAAUGACGACAGAGGAAGUUGUAGCUGCGGAUCCUUUAGCCUUCAAACCUAAUCCUAUGAACUUGAUCAAUAAAAAAGAUGACAAUGACGAUGAAGUUGUUAUUGAUGAAGAUACCACAGAUGAUAUGACUGGCAUCUAUAGACCACCUAAAUUGGCACCUGUUACUUAUAAUGAGGAUAUCGGUAAAAAGAGUGGAAAGAAACAGAGAGAUGAGGCACGUCUAAAGGAGAAGGCUUCUCGUUCUCGUUUGAUGAAGGAUAUUAUGACAGAAAUGUCAGAGAAUCCUGAAGAACUGGAUGUGUAUGGUGGCGUGAAUGAAGGUUUAGGUUAUGGUGAUCGUAUUGACAGCAUGAUUGCUGAAAAGGAAAGUUAUGAAGAAAAUAAUUAUGUUCGUCUUGCCGUUACUCGUAAAGAAAAACAAAGAUUGAAUAAGAAUAGAAGAAUGCGUUUCGAGAGUGAAUUUGAUGCAAGUAUUUUUUUUUAAAAAUAUAAUGUGACUACAUCUAACAUCUUAUUUAUACAUUAUAGAACUUGAAUGAUUUCUCUAAUUUGGCUGCAUUGGAGAAAGUGGAAGAAGAAGAAAAUGAACGUUAUCGUAAUGUACUUAAUCGUAAGAAACAACAGAAUGAAGCAUUUGGACGUGGUAACAAGCGUACAAGGGAAAAUCAUGAUGAUGAUGAUGAUAAUGACUUUAAUGGAUUAUUUGAAGGAGGAAGUAAAGGAAAUAAUAAAUUUGCAGCUGCAAGACAUAAAAAGAGAAAGAGCAAGCCAAAGAAGAAGAGAUCUUAAUACUUAUAAAUUUAGACUUUAAUUAAUAAAUAUGUAUUUAUAAAAUAA